AUGGCCUACCGCGUAGGCGGAGGCCGGGGAGGCCGCGGCGACCAGCAGUACGGCGGAGGCCGGGGCGGUGCGCCGGCUGGAGGAGGCCGCGGGGGCGGCCGCGGCCCCACGGGCUUCGUAUGGCCGCCUCCGGGCGCUCCGUCGGCGCCGCGUCCCGCCGCGCCGGCGCAGUACGCGCCGGCCGUCGCCAUCUACCACAACCCCAACGCCACGGGGCCGCACCAGGGCGCCUACCAGCACGGCGUCGUCGUCCGCAACCCCGCCCCGGCACCCUACGUCACCGUCCGCGCGCCUUCGCCCCCGGUCACCAUCCGCGCGCCCUCGCCCACGCCGGCUACCAUCCGCGCUCCUGCUCCGACGCCCUCGCCGGCCGCGGCCCCGUUCCAGCCGACCCGCGUCUCCGCCCCCGCUCCCGCUCCGCCGACCCCCGCCGCCGUCGCCAAGGAGCUGGAGCAGAAGCUCUUCGUCACGGAGACCGCGCUGGCGCCGCCCGCCGCCGCGGCCGCGGCGGCGGUCGCGGCGACGCAGGUGGGGCAGCCCGAGGCGGAGAAGGCGCCCGAUGUGGACUUGGCGCCGGUGUCCAAGAAGGGGCUCGCCCACCCCGCGCGGCCCGGAGCCGGCACGGUGGGCAAGAAGGUGAUGAUCCGCGCCAACCACUUCCUCGUCAACGUCGCCGACAACAACCUCUUCCACUACGAUGUCUCCAUUAACCCGGAGUCAAAAUCAAGGGCUGUGAACAGGGAGGUACUCAGUGAGCUAAUCAAGUUGCACGGCAAGACAUCCCUUGGGGGCAAAUUGCCUGCCUACGAUGGAAGAAAGAGUCUUUACACUGCAGGCUCACUCCCUUUUGAGUCUGAGGAGUUUUCUGUUACACUGGUUGAUCCCGAAAAGAAAGACAAAGAAAAGGCUGAAAGGGAGUACAAGAUCACCAUUCGGAUUGCUGGGAGGACAGACCUGUACCACCUCCAGCAGUUCCUCAAAGGAAGACAGAGGGAUAUGCCUCAAGAAACCAUCCAAGUUCUUGAUGUUGUCCUCAGGGAGUCACCAUCCUGGAACUAUGUCACAGUGUCCAGAUCUUUCUUCUCCACCACCUUUGGUCACAGAGGAGACAUUGGUGAAGGAUUAGAGUGCUGGAGAGGUUACUACCAGAGCUUACGCCCAACCCAGAUGGGGCUGUCACUCAAUAUAGACAUAUCUGCGACAUCCUUCUUCAAGCCUGUGACCGUGGUCCAGUUUGUGCUAGAGUUCCUCAACUUACGUGAUGCCUCGCGCCCUCUGACAGACAGGGACCGUGUUAAGAUAAAGAAAGCACUCCGUGGGGUGCGUGUCGAAACAAACCACCAGGAAGACCAAAUCCGAAGAUACAAGAUAACAGGGAUUACUCCUGUUCCCAUGAGCCAGCUCAUAUUUCCUGUUGAUGAGAGAGGAACAAGAAUGUCAGUUGUUCAGUACUUCAUGCAAAGAUACAAAUACAAUCUGCAGUAUACUUCUUGGCCCUGCUUGCAGUCUGGAAGUGAUGCUCGGCCUGUGUAUCUGCCUAUGGAGGCGUGCAAGAUUGUUGAAGGGCAAAGGUACUCUAAGAAACUGAAUGACAAGCAGGUCACCAACAUACUUAGAGCUACCUGUCAACGUCCCCAGCAGAGGGAGCAAAGCAUUCGUGAGAUGGUUCUGCACAACAAGUAUGCUGAGGACAAGUUUGCUCAGGAGUUCGGGAUCAAUGUCUGCAGUGACCUGGUCUCUGUUCCAGCCCGUGUGCUGCCUCCCCCCAUGUUGAGAUAUCAUGAUUCUGGAAAGGAGAAAACUUGUGCGCCAAGUGUUGGACAGUGGAACAUGAUUAACAAGAAAAUGAUCAAUGGAGGAAUCAUAGACAACUGGGCCUGUGUGAGUUUUUCACGCAUGCGUCCUGAGGAGGUAUACAGGUUCUGUUGUGAUCUGAUUCAGAUGUGCAAUAUGACUGGAAUGUCUGUCAAUCCAAGGCCACUUGUAGACAACCGAUCAGCUAGCCCCAACCACAUCGAGAAUGCCUUGAGGGAUGUAUACAGGAGGACCACCGAAAUGCUUGGAAAACAGGGAAGCGAAAAACAGCUACAACUGUUAAUUGUAAUCCUACCUGAAGUCAGUGGUUCUUAUGGGAAAAUCAAGAAGGUUUGUGAGACUGACCUUGGGAUCGUGUCUCAGUGUUGCCUGCCAAGGCAUGCUGCCAGACCGAACAAGCAAUAUUUGGAGAAUGUUGCACUCAAAAUCAAUGUGAAGGUCGGAGGACGCAACACAGUUCUGGAGAGAGCUUUUGUGCGAAAUGGCAUACCGUUUGUGUCCGAAGUCCCAACAAUCAUCUUUGGUGCUGAUGUUACACACCCCCCACCUGGAGAGGACUCUGCAUCAUCAAUUGCUGCGGUGGUGGCAUCAAUGGACUGGCCAGAGAUCACCAAGUACAGAGGUCUUGUCUCUGCCCAACCACACAGGCAGGAGAUAAUCGAAGACCUCUUCAGUGUCACCAAAGAUCCGCAGAGGGGUAAUGUCAAUGGUGGCAUGAUCAGGGAGUUGCUGAUUGCCUUCCGCAGGAAGACAGGCCGGAGGCCCGAGAGGAUACUCUUCUACAGGGAUGGCGUAAGUGAAGGCCAAUUCGGCCAUGUUCUGCUUCAUGAAAUGGACGCAAUCAGGAAGGCCUGCGCCUCGUUAGAGGAGGGGUAUAUGCCCCCAGUCACCUUUGUGGUUGUCCAGAAAAGGCAUCACACCAGGCUAUUCCCUGAGGUUCAUGGGAGGCGUGAUAUGACCGACAAGAGUGGAAACAUACUUCCAGGAACUGUGGUUGACCUCAUGAUUUGCCACCCUACGGAGUUUGAUUUCUACUUGUGCAGCCAUGCUGGCAUUCAGGGAACUAGCAGGCCAACACACUACCAUGUUCUUUAUGAUGAGAAUCACUUCACAGCCGAUGCGCUUCAGUCACUGACCAACAAUCUCUGCUACACCUAUGCUCGUUGCACUCGUGCGGUCUCUGUUGUCCCACCGGCGUACUACGCCCAUCUUGCUGCAUUCCGUGCGCGCUACUACGUGGAAGGGGACAGCUCGGACGGCGGAUCGACCCCCGGAAGCAGCGGUCAGGCGGCGAUUGCGCGUGAGGGCCCUGUGGAGGUGCGCCAGCUCCCAAAGAUCAAGGACAACGUCAAGGACGUCAUGUUCUACUGCUGA